AUUAUAAAAAAAAAGAUGAUAACAAUUAUGUUUUUAAUAAUUAUUAAUUAAAUAAUAAUGUAUUGGUCUAUUCUCUGAUUUUAUUACAUUAAUCUAGAAACAAACAUUACAAUUUUAACAAAAAUUCACUUAAAAGUUGUGUUUAAAUAAAUAUAUAUUUAUUGAUUUUGUAUUCAUCAUGGAUAAACGUUUCUCAAAAAUUGGCGAUGAUCCAAAGUUUAGGCGUAUACCUAAAGCUGAUCGCAAAGUUAAGAUUGAUAAACGAUUUCAAUCUAUAUUUAAUGACAAACGAUUUAAAGUUAAAUACACUAUUGAUAAAAGAGGAAAACCUUUAAGGGGUUCUACUACUGAUGAUUUUAAAAAGUUUUAUCAUAUGUCAGAUGAUGAAAAAGAUGACACAGAUUCUGAGCAAAAUUCUAGUGAUGUUACUCAAGAUUCCGAAUCUGAAGAGCAGACAUUAAUUGGAGAAGAUGAUAUUGUUGGUAGUAACAUAACCAGUAAAAGUAUCAAAGAUCGCUUAAAAGAUAAAACAGUAGAUUAUGCUAGAGGAGAUGGUGAAUUAUUGUCUGACAGUUCAUCAGAUGAUACAUCUUCUGAUGAAGAAAAUGAAGAAAACGUGGAACAUUGUUGGGGAGAAUUAGACAAGGAUGCUGAUAACGUAGAAGAGGCUACAUCUAGGUUAGCCUUGUGUAAUAUGGAUUGGGAUAGAAUUCAAGCUGCUGAUUUGAUGAUUCUCUUUAAUUCAUUUUUACCUAGUGAUGGUUACAUCAAAUCUGUAACUAUUUAUCCAUCUGAGUUUGGUAUGAAACGAAUGCAAGAAGAGGAAGUUAAGGGGCCUCCUGAACUAAUUUCUAAUAACCCCAAGGAAAUCGGUUCAUCUGAUGAUAGUGAUCAAGAAGAAGAAGAAGGAAGUAAAUUUCACAUGGAGAAACUACGUAAAUAUCAACUAGCAAGACUUAAAUAUUAUUAUGCUAUUAUUGUAUGUGAUUCUCCUGGAACUGCUGGUAAAAUAUAUACCGAUUGUGAUGGUAUAGAAUAUGAAAGUAGUGCCACACGUUUAGAUUUACGAUUUGUACCAGACGAUACAGAAUUUGAUCAAGAACCUAAAGAAGUUUGUGAUAAAUUACCAGAUUUAACUAAGUACAAACCUCAUUUAUUUACUACUACUGCUUUACAACAAGCAAAAGUGAAUCUUACCUGGGAUGAAACAGAUCCAAGACGUAGCGAAUUAGUAAAUAAGCUGAAGACAAAUCCAAAAACUGAAAUAAAUGAUAAUGAUUUACAGAAAUAUGUGGCUUUUAGUUCAGAAGAUGAGAAUAGUGAUGAUGAAAGUAAUAAAUCUCUUGAAGAAAAUAAUGAAGAUAGUGGCUCUAAAAAAACUCCAAUAGAUAAAUAUAAAGAACUAUUACAAAACAUACAAGAUGAAGAAGAAAAAAAGGCAAGUAAAGAUUCAGAAUUAGAAAUUUCAUGGGGUAUUGGUUUGCAAGAAAAAGUACAAAAAUCAGUUGAUGAAAAAUCAAAGAAAAAUUUGACACCAUUCCAGAAAAUGAUGGAAAAAAAGAAAGAGAGAAUGAAAGAAAAGCAAAAACUAAAAAAAGAAACAAAUAAAACAAAAGAUAAUGAAAUUGAGUCAGAUGAUGAAAAUAAACAAAUCAAACAACAAGCAGAAUUAGAACUGUUAUUGAUGGAUGAAGAACCUAGUGAUAAACAACAUUUUAAUAUGAAAAAAAUACAAGAAGAAGAAACUAAAAGCCUAAAAAAAAAGAAUAAAAAGAAAAUUUUAAAUGAGAAGUCUGUUAGUGAUGGUUUCUCUGUUGAUGUAAAAGAUGAUCGAUUUUCGGCAUUAUAUACAUCUCAUCUAUUUAAUAUUGACCCAGCUGAUCCAAAAUUCAAAAGAACGAAAGGCAUGGAAGAAUUUAUUUCUGAAAAAGCAUCAAGAAGACAACAGUAUGAUACUGAAAAAGUUGAUGUUCCUCCAAAAAAGAAAUCUAAACAAUCAAUUAUUAAUCCAGAACUAUCUAAUCUUGUAAAAUCUAUCAAAAGUAAAACUAAACGUAGUAAAUUAAUGUAAAUUUUGUAAUGGUUUUUUUUGAUUAAUAAUUUAUUAUCAGCUAAUGAAUAAUUAUACUUGUUUUGUUAAAUUCCUAUUAUUAUACUUCCAUUUGUAUCAGUAUUGGGGAUAAGUAAAUAUAUUUGUAUCUAAAAAAAAAAAAAUGUCAGACUAUUGUAACGAAUUGUAAAUUAUUUACAAAGUUAGGUAUUUAUUAAUUGUGGUUGGUUGUUUUUAUCAUAAUAUUUUUUAUUUUGCUUUUAUUGUUUUAUUCCAGAUCCUUACAGUUAUUAAGUUGUAGAGUAGCCAAUGGCAUACUGGCAUAGUAACAUAUUUAGAAAGGCAGAAGACACAUAUUAUAUAUUUGCUUUCGUGGUCUUUUUUUUAUGUGCUAUGCCUAGUUAUAACUGUAUUAUAUUGUUGAAUUGACUUUCAAAUUUUUAAUAAUUAUAACUGUAUCAGCUUUCUUUUUUAUUUAAAAAAUAAUAUUUAAUAAUUAUUUACAAUCUAUACUAUACGUACAAUGAGUAAAUUAGAAGGAAGGUUGAUAGUGAUGGGUGGUGUAGGAAAAUCUGUUUCUUAUAAUAACAUAUAAUAAAUAUGUCAGGUUAGAUUUGCAAUAUCUAGGGUCUUAAUUUGACUUUUGUUGCAGUUAUAGGUUCAUGAAUAAUUUUAUAACUAUUUAAUCUUGCACACAUGCUAAUAAUAUGUAUACUAUAUUAAUCUAUUGUUAUCUUUUUUAUUUUAUCUUACCUUGUAUACAAUGUUUGUAUAUUUAAUAUUUAUACAUAAUAAAAUAGUUAAUAUAUAUA